AUGUGGGGAAGUGCGGAGAGUAAAAUAAUUGGAACGGUAGAGGCCGGUGCUGCUAGCUAUUACCUCAGUGGCUCCAACAACCGAAUGUGGGACUUGAAUGAUGCUUGGCCGUAUGCUCCAGACGCUCCCGUCACAUUGCUCUUUGGAUAUAAUGAUCGAACUGCUACGAAGAACGCUCCAAGUACGAGCCUUCUAAGAACGGCUACGACAAGUAUUAGCCAGUAUAAACCGAGGGUCGGGGUGGAAGAAUGUAAUCCCAUAGCUUCCAUGGGGACCGCAGAAGAGCCUUACCACGUCAGCUUCCUCAUUCCACCCCGAGUUCCGCCAUCCGCAGAUGACAUCAACUCCGACAACCCCAACUCAACUCCAUCCGUAAUGACCAUGACCCUGAAACGACGCAAAUCCAGCCCCAAUUCAGCCUCUACUUCUCUCCCCUCCAAAUCCACCCCCGAGAGACCCGGCCAGGACCUCCAUCGGACCCUGAGCGAAGUCGCCGCCCCGGAGCCCAUCGAACGAGCCACCGCGGCCGACCUGGCCCGCCGGCCGUCGCUCGACCUGCAACUCUUGACCAUCUCAUCCGCGAAACCAGACGAAGAGUCGGAUAUGUUCGGGGCGCUGAGCGAGGUUGCGAUACCGGAGCCGAUCAAGCGAUGCGGUGCAAACGAGAUCGGCCGGCGGCCGUCGCUGGACCGGAGUCUUUCACAUGCUUCGGGGGGUGGCGAGGACAAGACAUGUGCGGUUGAUUAG